CUCUUGCACAGCAGGUCAGUCUGAUCAGCAGUUUGUGCGCUGAGCGCAGGACAGGAAUGCUCCAUUCAGCUAGGGUGUUCAUCGCGCUGGCCUUCUCCUCAGAAGUCGGCGAACCGGGAGUCCAGGUUCAAGGGAAGUUUUGUGAAGCGAGGUGUGCCUGCCGCUCCUGGUAAUCUUUGCGGAGUGGCCAAGUUUUGAGGAUCUAGAUCUGACUGUUGUGCUUUCAGGCGCACUCUUUGUGAAGAGGGCUCCUUCUUAUAGUGGGACACCAUGUUUGGACGUAUGCCCAAAAAGGGCGACAGUCAGCGGUUUUAUGACAUCCUGGGGGUGCCAAAGAGUGCUUCUCCAGACGAACUGAAGAAAGCGUACCGCAAGCAGGCAAUCCAGAACCAUCCGGACAAGGGAGGGGAUGCCGAGAAGUUCAAGGAGCUGGGCCAGGCUUAUGAGGUCCUGAGCGAUCCCGAGAAGCGCCAGAUCUAUGACGAGUAUGGAGAGGAGGCCCUUAAGGAUGGGAUGGGAGGGGGACCUUCUCAUAGUGCAUUCGACAUCUUUGAGCAGUUCUUCGGUGGCGGGGGCCAUCCGUUUGGCGGGAUGGGUGGUGGGAUGGGUGGGGGCAGGCGUAGGCAGCGGCGGGGAGAGGAUCUGGUGCAUCCCCUCAAGGUGACGCUUGAGGAUCUUUACAACGGGGCGCAGAGGAAGCUUAGUCUGUCAAGGAAUGUGAUCUGCGGAAAGUGCAAAGGGAAGGGUUCCAAGUCUGGGAAGAUGACGCGAUGCCCCGGGUGCCAGGGCUCGGGCAUGAAGGUCACCAUUCGGCAGCUGGGGCCGGGCAUGAUCCAACAGAUGCAGACGGUGUGCAACGAAUGCUCCGGCUCUGGCGAGAAGCUGGACGACAAGGACCGGUGCCCGCAGUGCCGGGGCAACAAGGUGGUGCAGGAGAAGAAGAUCCUGGAGGUGCACAUAGAGAAGGGCAUGCAGCACGGCCAAAAGAUCACGUUCCAAGGGGAGGCCGACCAAAUGCCGGACACGGUGACGGGCGACAUUGUGUUCGUGCUGCAAAUGAAGGAGCACCCCAAGUUCAAGCGCAAGGGCGACGACCUCUUCUACGAGCUGGACAUCAACCUCACGGAGGCGCUCUGCGGUUUCCAGUUCCCCGUCACGCACCUCGACGGCCGCCAGCUGCUCAUCAAGUCGCUACCGGGGGAGAUCAUCAAGCCGAAUCAAUUCAAGGCCAUUCACGACGAGGGCAUGCCUCAGUACCAGCGCCCCUUCACAAAGGGCAGCCUGUACGUCCAUUUCAACGUCGAGUUCCCGGAACCAGGCUCGCUCAACCUUGAACAGAUCAAGGUUCUGGAAACAGUUCUGCCACCAAAGAGGGCGAUGGGCCUGACGGACAUGGAGUUAGACGAGUGCGAGGAGACGACCCUCCAUGACGUGAACAUCGAGGAGGAGAUGAGAAGGAAGGCCCAGGCGGAGCGCGAAGCAUAUGACGAAGAUGAGGAUGGCCCGCAACGGGUGCAGUGCGCUCAGCAAUAGUGACGCAGGAAUUCCAUGUCGAAUAACGAACGCUAGUAUCCCGACGCACAUGCUGAUUGAGUCCGCGCAGCAGCUAAUAUUUCUUGAAUGGGAAAGAAGCUUUUACAAAACAUGUGUAUGUUUGAUCAUGUUUCCGUGGCCCCAGGCAUUUUCUGAAUCUAAAGUUGCUGCCUUGUUACUGAUU